GUGUGUGUGUUCAGGCUGUAUGAGUGCGGUCCGUGGUGCGGUUGUGAUCGGGCUCGUUGUCAGAACCGUCUGGUCCAGCGAGGGAUCAGAGUCCGGCUCCAGGUUUUCCAGACCGAGGACCGUGGCUGGGGCGUCCGUUGCCGAGACGACGUGGACCGUGGCACGUUUGUGUGCAUCUACGCAGGUGUGAUCCUGCAGCGGGUCCAGACUCCCCUCGAGCCUCCGCCGCCGAAACUGUCGAGGUGCGAUCUCCCGUCAGACGAUGACGUGGAGGUCGUCACCGAGUGGCUGGCCCCGCCGGUCCUGGAGGGGCGGAGCAACCUGCUGCAGACGUCUCCGCCACCUACCUCCCCGCCCACCUCACCACCUCUGCAUGUCCCGGUGAUCCAGAGGCCGGCGGACGCCGCUGCGCCGCAGGUUCAGACGAUGGUAGUGGGAGGUCCUGAGCCGCCGCCCCUUUCAGUGUUGGGAUGUCGUCCGUCAGGUGACCAGUCUCAGGAGAAGCUUGGCGUUUCCAUGAACGGCUCAGACACGGUGGAGCAGAAGAGUCUGAAGAGAGCGGCGAAGGUGGAGGACGUUUAUGUUCUGGACGCCAGCAGGGAGGGAAACGUGAGCCGCUUCAUCAACCACAGCUGCCGGCCGAACCUGUUCAUCCAGAACGUCUUCACCGACUCCCACGACCCCGCCUUCCCCGUCAUCGCCUUCUUCACCAGCAGGAGCUUGAAGGCCGGCACCGAGCUAACCUGGAACUACUCCGCUGACGGACAUACGGCCGUGCUGCCAAAACAGGAAGUGACGUGUCUCUGCGGGGGCGACGGUUGUCAGGGUCAGUUCGUCAUCGAGGAAAACUUGUGUGACGUCUGCGAGGUCGAAGGUCGAGAUGCCCGGUGACGCUACGAACCAGGUUCAGACGCUGCGGCUGUCGACACGACACAAACACAUUUCUACUGCUCUGUAAUAAAAAGGUUUUUUAUAAUAAAAUGACAAUUCAA